AUGGGUCCUGAUGCAGGUCGCCUGGGCAGUUCCGCCUUCGCCAACCCGGGCCACAACCGUCUCCUGCAGGUGAAAUCCGCACCCAUCGUGGUUAGGCCAAUUGCAUGCGAGCCCACGACAAACGGCCCGAGCGCAGUGGACAUUUUUGCUUCAGCAUCCUUUGUGCAGGCGUUCAUUUCCUCCCUCUCCGUCUCAGCCGGCCCUAGCUCGUUCUAUUCUCGAGAGACUGUCUGCUCUCAUCCUUCCUUUCUUAUCCGGACUAAUACUGUCGUCCUCGCUUUCACGCUUGUUGCCGGCGUAGUGGUUUUUUUACGCCUGUUCACGCGUGGAUUGCUUCUUCGAAAGGUCGGCUACGAGGAUGCUUGGAUCGCUGUUGCCAUGGUCCUUUCGAUAGGCCUGACCGUUACGAUCGCUCUUCAAGUCCAAAACGGGCUGGGAAGACACAUCUCGGAGCUGUCACCAAGGGAGAUGAUCGAUUCGCAAAAGAUCUCUAUUCUCGUCCAAUACCUCAAAGUCUUCUCGACGCUCCGGUUCCGCAUCAUAUGCUGCGUCGUGCUGGGCUUUAUUGUGGUGUAUGGCACCUGGACUCUCUUCGGCAGCAUCUUCCUCUGUUUCCCCGUCGACUUCUUCUGGGACAAGAGCAUCCCCGGCGGAAAAUGCCUCAACCAAGAGGUGGUGUGGUUUUCGAACGCUGGAGUCAACAUCGCGCAAGACGUCGUGAUCCUCUUCCUCCCCUUGCCAGUCCUCCGCAAAUUGGCUAUUCCCAGUAGGCAGAAGAAAGCACUCAUAGUUGUUUUCGCCCUUGGAGGCCUCGUUUGCCUAAUAUCGAUCAUUCGCCUCUACUCACUAGUCGCUAUUUCGAACUCAACGGAUCCUACCUUCGACAACCCCCCCGCCGCCAUACUCUCUGCAGUGGAAACCAAUGUUGGCAUUCUCUGUGCCUGCCUCCCGGCCUUACGCCCUUUGCUCUCAGCUGUGAUGCCGGCGUACUUCCCCGAAGUAUCGCGAUACACCAACGUUCGGGCCCACGACGAAGAACGACCGAGACACAUGCGGAACCCUUCCGGCGACAGUCGACCAUACACUUCAGGCGGAGCAAGCAAAUGGACUCAUUCUCGAACGGCGAGUAACAGCACUAGAUCAUUCUCAAGGAACGAAAGCGAGCUAGAAGACAUGCAUCCUUCGCAAAACUUAAGGGCAGGCACUGGCAGACGAGUCAACGGGCCGCCACCACCACUUAUGCUCGACUCUGGAGAACAUCGCCACUACAUGAACCCCCUGCGGAUGUCGCCUUUCACUCCAGUCGUCCCGAACCUACCAACAUUACCAGAGAACAUGGCUACUGUCGGCUCUGUCGAACCUACUCUCUCCAAUUUAUCUACUCCUCGAACAGCACGAUGGACUUCCCGCACACCUGCGUUCCACAAACCCCUUCCUAUUACUCCGUUUCCAAUCAUGCCCGGCAGCUGA